AUGAUCUUAAUAUUCCAUAAAUUCAGAGACAGUCCUUCAACCCCAAUCCAAGACCUCCUGCAUUCUAUUUUGAUAUUUCUGUUUUGCUCUUCAAAUGACCAUCUCCUAAAAGAGACCUCCGUGCCCCCUGUACCCGUUGCCUUCUCCCCAAAAGGCUAUCUUCUUUCUCAGUCAAAAUACACUUCUGACAUUAUUGACCGUGCUCGUCUUACAGAUACAAAAGUAGUUGCCACUCCUUUUGAGCUCAAUGUUCAGUAUUCUCCUUCUGAUGGCACUCCCUUGCAUGAUCCUACUUUAUAUCGCACUAUUGUUGGCAGUUUGGUUUAUCUCACUAUCACUCGCCCCGACAUUGCAUAUGCUGUUCACAUUGUUAGUCAAUUUGUUGCCUCUCCUACUACUGUUCACUGGGCAGCUGUUCUUCGCAUUUUGAGGUAUCUUCGGGGUACUAUCUUUCAAAGCCUUUUGUUUCCCUCCACUUCUUCCUUGGAGCUGCGUGCAUACUCUGAUGAUGAUCAUGGUCGUGAUCCCACGGAUCGGAAGUCUGUUACUAGUUUCUGUAUCUUUUUGGGUGAUUAUCUUAUUUCUUGGAAAAGUAAGAAACAAACUGUUGUCUCCCAAUCUUCCACUGAAGCAGAGUACCGCGCUAUGUCAUCUACUACCAAAGAAAUUGUUUGGUUAAGAUGGCUGCUUGUAGAUAUGGGUGUAUGUCAUUCUCAACCCACUCCUAUGUAUUGUGACAAUCAGAGUGCCAUCCAGAUUGCUCACAACUCAGUUUUUCAUGAACGCACCAAGCACAUUGAGAUUGAUUGUCACUUCACUCGUCACCACCUGAAGCUUGGCACUAUCACUUUGCCUUUUGUUCCUUCUUCUUUAUAG